GUACCUAUUUACCUAUCAAUUUGUGAAUUGUGUAGGUAGGCGUUUGAUAAAUAAAUUUUGUGUCCUGGGCGUUUUGAAUCUACAUUUUUUUGUCAUGGGAGAUGUAAUUGAUUUUACUUCCCAACCACACAAUAAAAUAAUAUUUUACAAGAUUUCGGGCAAUUCCUUAUCAUUUUCCAUUAAAUCAUUCGGAAAUGCUAAUAUUGGCCUGGCGGAGAAACCUGAUAUUCCCUAUUUAAACCACUGGGUGUAUAUAGGAAGAAACGGAAAAUCUAGUAUUAAAGAAAAUAAUGAAAUUGUAGCUGAAGUUGAUACACCUGAUAUAAUAAAUCGUAACGGAUACAAAAAGUUCUGGCUAGCAUGGUAUGAUAAUAAAAUACAAUUAGGAAAGUAUGGAGAAUAUGAACCAAUAGUUUCAAAGAAUGUCAAGAAAGCUAAUUUUAGGUAUAUAACAUUUACAGUGGUUGAACAACAGAAUGCUGUAGAUUGGAAAUUUACAUUACGGCCCAGUAUAGAAAGACCUACUUUAAAACCCAUUCAAGGGGGCAAACCCUAUUGGGUGCCGUAUGAUGGGCUGAUACCAUAUGGAGCUAUGAUUGGUGGUUACGAAAAUGAAUUCUUAUAUAUUAUAAGAGCGGCCCAUGAAGGAUCAUUAACACCUGGAAAGUUUGUACCAUCUGCAAAGUGCGCUUUCAUAUCCUGGGGUGGAGACAUGCAUUUGAAAACAGAUUUUGAGAUGUUAUGUGGUUUUGACUGUAUUUGGAUACCAACAACAGAAGACGUCAUACCAGCGGGGGCUAUCCAGGGGGGAUAUACAGAACACGAUGGUAACGAAAAAAUGUAUAUAGGUAGAGCUGAAUAUGCAUGUGGCCAUAUAAUACCAGGAAAGGUUCCGCCAUCUUAUAAUGUAUGCUUCUUCCCAUAUAAUGGUGCCGAGGUCGCAAAAGAUAAUUUUGAAAUACUUGUCGCUCCAUACGCUACCCGAAGAUGCACUAAUAGGAUACCUCAAAAUGCAGCAUUUGGAAUUUACCGCCAAAAUAUAGAAUCGGGUACAGAUAAUGAUGACGAUGAUGAGAAUAAUGAUGACAAUGACGAUGAUGGUAUGCAUAUAUUUGACUAAUAAUAUAUUUAAACAUUUUGUUAUUAGUUUAUUGGAAGAAUGAAGGUAACUUUGCAACAGCACUGUUAUUGAAGUGUUAUUUCACACUGUGUGAAAAACGUGUGAGAUAUGAUAUGUUGUUAAUAUUUAUGUAUAAUAUUUAUAAGAUAAAAUAUUAUAAAACUUUAAGAUAAAAAAAUA